AUUUGUUCCACAACUAAUGGAGCUAUGGAAAUGUGACAGCUAACAUCGGUCUGGAUGCGUAGACGAUUGCUGUUGGCAACAUCAUGCGGUUGUGCUACUUUUAUUGUGGGAUUUCGCUCUUCCUGUGCCUACGAGUGGAGGGCCAUGACCAUGAUUCCCGAGCUGAGGCUUUGGCCCAAGCAGCGAAGGACAAGAAGGAAAAUACUGCCAAGCAACAGAAAAUGAUUGCGGAUCUUUGGGCGAGAAUGGUGUACCAACUGAGAAAGGAUGGAUAUCCUGAGACCACUAAAGAGGGUGCUGCUGCCGGUAAUGAUGAUGGUGGAACAACUGCAGCUGGUAAUGAUGAUGCAGCUACUGCUGCUACUACAGCUGAUGCUGGCUCUGCUGCUACUACAGCUGAUGCUGGCUCUGCUGCUACUACUGCUGCUGCAUAAUAGAAUUAGAGCAGGUCAGAGAGUCAGAGAUCUGCAGAAUAGGAACAUUUACUAACCAAUAAAUGCAUAGAAAACAAUGGGAAAACU